AUGCUUGAAUUUGAACGUUCUCGUGAUACAAUUGGUCAUGUUGAACAAGUUAAAAAAAGAAGUUACAUAUUUAGAAGAUGUUUUACAAAUGUAUCAAAAAAAGGAAAAACAAAAAAUAUCAUUAUUGAAGAUCUUCAAAAUGAAAUUAGUGAAAUAAAAGAUCGUUUACUUGAUCAAAAGAAAAAAAUUGAAUUUCAAGAACGUGAAAUAGCUGAUUGUAGAAAAUGUGUUGCGCAAUUAAAUAAAGAUUAUAAUGAACAACGAAAACAUUUACAACUCAUUGAAAGUGAUAUUGAAAAAUUACGUAUGGAUCAACAUAAUUAUUUUCGUACAGCUAAGCUUAAUGAAAUUUUAUUACCAUUUCCUAGUAAUUCUGGUUCAAUGACUGCUAUACUACUUACUGAAAUAACAUUAUCUGAUGAUACAAAUAUUCCAAUACAAUCAACAACAACAACAACAACAACUGAUUCAUCAACAGCAUCAAAUGAUGAUCGAAAUUAUCCAAGUCAACUUGAAACAAAACAAAUCUAUGAUAUAGAAGAUAAAUUUGAAUUAAAUUAUAAACCUAUUGAUGCAUGUUCACGUGAAGUUAAAACAACAUUUGAAUUAAUAACAAAUGCUGAAUUUGAACAUACACAACAUUAUGAUCGUUUUAAUACAUUUUAUGAACAUGUUUCAACAUGUAUUGAUGAUAUUUAUAAAUCAUUAACAAAUUUUCAAGAUGCUGUUGCUUGUUUAACAGCUGAAAAUGCUGAAGAAUCAUAUUGUGAUGGUAUUACAUAUAAUUGUACUGCACCUGCUCCACUCUUUUUGCUUGAUGAAGUUGAUGUUGCUCUUGAUAAUACGAAUAUUGGUAAAGUAGCUGAUUUUAUUCGUGAACAAUCGGCAUCAAAAUUUCAAUGUAUUGUUAUAUCACUUAAAGAACAAUUUUAUUCACGUGCUGGUGCACUUAUUGCUAUUUUUCCAAAACCCGGCGAUUGUAUUACUAGUUAUUGUUUUACAUUAGAUUUAAAUCAAUUUGAUGAAAGAGAAAAUAUUGCAAAUAGAUGUGGUUAA